AAUCAUGCAAAAGUAAUAUUUGUUCAGAUAAUCCCGUUCAAGACAUACAAUGCUUAUGUUCAGAAAAUCAAAAUGUCAAUAUUCCUAAACGUACGUCUGAUUCCUUAUGUAGUAUCAAUUCUAAUAUAUUUAAUAUUUCAGACUAUAUAAGAUAUAAUCUUUUUAGUUAUAUACACAUUUUAAAUAAUCAUGAAUUAGAUAUUCACCAAAGGCAAUGUAUAGAAGAAAUAGUAAAUUUCCAAGAUUCGAAAUUGAAAUGGAUAGAAGAAAAGGAAAAAGGAGAAAAGAAAGAUAAUGAAGAAAUGCAAUUACCAAUACAAAAGGAUAAUAUUAACGAAUUGAGAUAUAGUUCUGAAGAAUAUAAUCAUGAUAUAAAUGAAAGUUUUGAAAAGUUCAAUAUAGAAUCUAAUGAUGAAGUGUUUAAAAAUACGGUCGUUGAUAAGGUUGACCAUAGGUUUAUUGAUAAGGAUUUUGAUAGGGUUGUUCAUAGAGUUGAUGCUCCAUUUAAUGAUAGAGUUGAUUCUCAAUUUGAUAAUACAGUUGAUUCUCAAUUUGAUAAUACAGUUGAUUCUCAAUUUGAUAAUGUGGUAGAUAAUUAUCAUAACUCUAAUUCUUUCAUUAGCACAGAAAAAAUUCAAAACGAUCAAAUAUUAGAUGAAGAAGAUAUUAUUGAUGAAAAGAGAAAAUAUGGGGAAUCAUAUAUUAGUAGUAUGAAUAAAGAUACUAAAUGUAUAAAUGAAGAAAAUACCAAUAUAAAUAGAUUAACACGUAAUCAUAUAUUUUUAAUUGACUCAGAUGAUAUAGGAAAUGCAUCACCAGAAUCUAAACAAAAAAAACGUACGUUUUAUAGAACUAAUGGUCGAUUAGCUAAAAAAAUGAAAAAUGAAAAAAAUCAGAACAAAAAUAUACAAUAUAAGGAAAUGAACGAAAAUAUAGAGAAAUUGGAAAUAGAAAUAAAACAAGAACAAGAAGAACAAGAAGAAGAACAAGAAGAACAACAAGAAGAAGAACAAGAAGAACAAGAAGAAGAACAAGAAGAACAAGAAGAAGAACAAGAAGAAGAACAAGAAGAACAACAAGAAGAAGAACAACAAGAAGAAGAAAAUAAUGGAAACAAAGCACAAAGUAUUUUUGAUAUUAUUUAUAAUCAUUAUGUUAAUAAUAUAAAUCAAUAUAGUUUUGGAACUAGCGCCUAUUAUAAUUUCAAACGUAGACCUAAUAUUAUAUGUAAUGAAGGUAUGAAUUUAGAUUUAUUUUUAGUCAUUACUAAGCAAUAUAAAAUAUUGAAAUAUUUACUUAAUAAAAAAGAAUUAGAAGAAAUAUUCUUAAAAGAAUCUAAAGGAAAUACAUUUAUUCAAUCAAAAACAUUUAAAAAAAUUUUAAUGAUAUGUGCUCGAAAAGGUUUUAAUAAACCACCACAUAAUAUUCAUUUUAUAGAUAACAAGAAAAUAUAUACUAACUUAAUUCAGUGGCUUAAAAAUCAUUCACCUGAAAAUCAAAAACAAUUAAUCCUAAAAAGUUCAGAAAUAAUUAAUCUCAACCUUUAA